AUCGCGACCUAUCGAACUUUAGGCUAGUGAACGCGUUAUUAUUGUAUUAGAUUCACUUUAAGUAUAAUUGAUUGUUUUCCUCCUCAUGAUCAAUAAUAUACUUAUUUAUCAUUGGAUAUUAUUAUUAUAAUACCGAAUACAGCAUUCAUUAACGUUGCAACAAUUAACACGGUGUGCAAAGCUGUUGUUUUUUUCCCAUCUCGAUUUCGGAUCAUGUCUAUUAAGACCGGUUUCCAUCGGAGGUAAAUAAAGGACGAACCAAGCUACUUCCUGUUUUGAUAUUUUUUUGGGGGGGGUUGUUUCGUUUCACUAUCGUAGCUAGGAGAGAGACAAGCCAGAUAGAUAGCUACAAUGAAACGCUAUCACUUUACUAACAGGUAGGCUGUUAAAAAACAAGACUGAUACAAACUAGCGAUACCGACAUAGGUACCGUUGUGCUUUGGAGGUUCCAACUGUUUUUGUGCUUGUGGAAUAUGGCACUGAGUUCUGGCGGUUGGGGUAAACCGCCUGUGCCAGCCCCGUCCCAGUCUGUACAUGGCGGGCCCGCGCUGGCUAACUGCAAUACCGUUUUGAUGUCGGUACGGGUGUCGGUUUGCCAUUCGGGUAUUCGACCGCUUUGCCUCCCUGGAGCUGGCGAUGAGGCUCUCCGUCUUCAACUUAGCAUGGACCCCAGCAAAGCUGGAGAGUUUCGGCUAGCACUGAGGGACAUUAGCGGAAGCGGCCGUAGUGUGUUCAUUGCCGAGUUUGACCUGCGCUCUGUGCAGUAUGAGGUCAAGUCCCCAUGCCUUCACGAGAUGCGCUUGGCCACGCCCCCUCAUGACUGUAUCCGCUUCAACUUCCGCUGUGACCUGGAGGCUGAGCAGUGGGCCACUGUGGUGAUGUCAUCACUAAGAGAGGCACACAGAGUUGCUGUAAAUAGUUCCCCACAUCCUAUGGAUGACCGACAGCAGCAUGCAGCAGAAGCUCUAGAACAGUGCAGCACAGCCUCCUUACCACUCACUGAGGAGCUGUGCUUGGAGCUUGCCCGGGCGAUCGAGGCAGGUGACAGCCAGGGUGCUGCUCAGCACGCGUCUGCUCUAGCUCGUCAGAAGGCAGUGCUCACUAUCCAACUGUCUGAGAAGAGUUACGCCGAAGGAGAGAUAAGUUUGUCUGUGGCAGUGGAAGACAUCUCCUCUUCCUGUUGCGUCACAGUGAAAGUCUUUCCCCACAUGACUGUCACAGCACUCAAGCAGCAGGUGUUUUUGGAGUAUGGCUUUCACCCUCGCGUGCAGCGCUGGGUGAUUGGACAAUGCCUUUGCACAGAGCCUAGGUCCCUGGCCUCGUAUGGGGUCCAGAGGGAUGGGGAUACGGCCUACCUUUACUUGGUCUCAGCCCGCCACGCCCGCCUCACCCGCCAGCUAUUCCAGCAGGACCAGGAGGGUGCCCAACUCACCCCACCCCCCAGCAACGGGCCUCUGUCCCAGGACUGGAGGGGCUACAGCACCCUGCCCUCCAGGCUCAGCCACAACACCCAGGGGAGCACCGGAAGUGGGGCCGAGAGGUUGGGUACGAGCGAGAUCCGAGACGCCCUCAACCUGGAGACGCUGCAUCUUAUCGAUAAACCUGAUAAGCCCAGCAAAGCCAGUAAAACACAGACCGAAUGGGCGUGUCCCUCCUGCACCUUCAUCAACAAGCCUACCCGACCAGGCUGUGAGAUCUGCAGUACAGCCAGACCUGACUCACACAAGCACAGCCGCAUACAACAGGAGAAAGGAAGAAGAGAGGAGCAGAUCAGUGCAUUGAGCAGUUAACUGCCUCAACCGUAACCUAUACAAUAACCUGGAAGACUGAUCACUCACACACCAACUUAGAGCUACAAACCCACCACCACUACUGACAUACUAUGAUGACACCUCUGGACGCUGCAGCACAAACAUUCAACUCCACUUGCUGAGGCUCACAAAAGGAACUACCUGUAUAGUCAAUGAGCUGGCUUUUGACUCUGUGGACAUGAGUCAGCAUCCUUUGCCUUGUGGCAGACUUUACCAUUUAUUUAUUUUACAUAAGGGAUGGAGGGGUGGACUAGUCCAAUAUUUAUUUUAGAGGGGUGGGUGGUGCUUCUCUCAUCCCUCUACCUGAUAUAUCUCAGAUGAGAUAAUAUUGUAUAUUUUGAAGUUGGCCAACUGUGAAAGUCGAUACUUUGAAAGCUGAAAAAAGCUGUUUUUAAAACCCGGGCCUGUAUUUAAACAGUCUCAGAGUAGGAGUGCUGGCUGUCCCAACCCCCCCAAAAAAUAUUGGUCGACCGAAAGUAGUCUGUUCUUUCGACCAAUCGAUUGGUCAAAAAUGUUUUUUUUCCAUACAUAGACACACCCUAUGUGUUUUAAUAAAAUCAACUAUAUUCACUGAGCUUGUCUGCUGCUUUUAAUGGCGCUGCCAGGUAGCCUUGGUCUACUUCUAUGCGUAAUCAGGUGCAUAUCUUUACUCAACAUUGAGUGCUCCAAACAAAAAAGACUGAGUAAAUUGACAACUAAAAAAUGGAAUGAAAUAAACCUAAACUUGUUUCUCACAAGUGUAGUAUAUGUUGUGCACUCCGCAAACAGUGUCCACUUCGACAAUGAGAACGGUAAGACUAAUAAUACUGAAUGCAUUCACAGAAACUACUGUAAAUAAAUUAACAGUAAAUGUACUACUGGUGAUACGGGUGUGCCAUCCUCGCGGCCUCCAAUGGAUUUGUACACUGAGACAGGCGCGAAUCAGACAGGUCUCACGUGCCAUAAAAAAUACAUAAAAUCAAAUCUUCAUUGUCACAUACACAUGGUUAGCAGAUGUUAAUGCGAGUGUAGCGAAAUGCUUGUGCUUCUAGUUCCGACAAUGCAGUAAUAACCAACGAGUAAUCGAACCUAACCAUUUCUGCUCAAUUUGACUGCUCGACUAAAAUCUUGGUCGACCAGUUGACUAAAUGGGGUGAGCCCUACUAGGAUCAGAUUAGAUCAUAAUUAAAUAAACAUGGGGGACCUGAUCCUAGAUCAGCAAUCCUACUCUGAAACAAUGAGGGGAUUCGAUUAAUGCCCCAGGUGAACCGGGUAAGAGUUGAUUGCGUUCCAGUUGGAACCGAGCGUGAGCCAGGUGCCCUGCUUUUGACUGUGAAGUCAGCUCAAAGCAACCAUGAUGUAGGUUAAGCAGGUGGGGUAAUGAGUAGGAUUCUGUGUUUUCACAUGCAAACAUGAUUGCGUGGAUAAAAACACUGACAAUGAAAACUAGUUAAAUUCAAACAGGUUUUUUAUGUAAAAGAUAUUUCUGAAUGAUGCCUUGUUGACAUGACCGAGCGGCGCAGAUUGCUGUUUGACUUGAGAUUGGCGCUUCUCUCUCACCGCUUUUGCCCGUUCAUGGUUCAGCUUAAUCAGGCACCCUCAGUGUGAAUACAGGCCCAGGUCUUGUCUGUCAUUGGUUGGUGCCAUAUUGUUUUAUAGGAGGGCAAUUGCUUGCUAGGAGGCUGUGGAAGUGACAGGGUUUUAAAAGUGCUUUUAUUUUUAUAACAUUGUAUUUAGUGUUUUAACAGAAUGUUUGGCAAUGUUGACGCGUAAUGCGUUUCACCUACUUGCCAAUAAGUUUCUGUCUGAACUGUGAUAGUGACAAUGUUUUGUCAGGAACAUGACUGUAUAAAAUGGUGUUAACUGAAUAAACAUAAGUUAAUCAAG